AUGGGAGAUAGAAUAAAUGCGCAUAUUUAUAAAAUGAAAACAAUAAUCAUUGUAGCAUUCUUAGUUGCUUUUACCUUAGGCUAAAGGCUUGAUAGUAGCUCUGCGAACUGCAAUAAAUAUUUAGAAAAAUUUGGAACAGCUAAUAAUGCUGACGGAUCUGGAGCAACAAAGUUGGCAUUUACAGGAGAUAUUGCAUUUGUUAGUGGAUCCACUGAUGUUAAGGUGAACCUUAGAUAUUCCGAUGUUGAUCUCUUCAAUGAUGCAACAUAUUUUGGUCUUGUUCAAGAAGAUGGAAAAACGGCAGCCACCACAUGUCUUGACCUUAAAUUAUGGAAAUUCACUUCAAAUACCUACUCAGAUCCAGUUUAAGUUACUGAUUUACCCAUAACCGCAUCAAAUAACUUUUAGAAAUAAUGGAGAUAUUAUUCAUUCACAAUUCCAGGAAAGGAUUUAGGAACUCAGGUUAGUUUAAACGACAAAUUCAAAUUAAUUUAUCUACAAAGGCUAUUAUGCUGUUGCUUAUUAUGCUGCAGGAACUGAUUAAGUUUAAUACACUUUCUUUUUUGAAUUCUCUGUCACUGUUGACAAAGCAAGUGGUGCUUCGGUUGAUACCGCCUUUAAGCCAUUAACUCAAACAGCCACUUUAGGAUGUUAAGUAUGGUGCAGCUUGCAACGCAAAAGCUGAUACAAUCUUAAAAUGGUGUACAGAUUUAUAAUGUACUGCAUUUGCAACACCAGAUUUACAUUUAAAUGAUCA